UAUAAAGGCUAAGCGUUGGCAAAACAAUAACAUUGUGACCGGUAAGCUUCACCGAGAUGGAGCUCUCGGGUGUUUUCGUGCUAGCCCUUGUGAGCUUUGUGACAGGAACACCACAUGGAUAUGGUGUGAAAAGUGGAGCAGUGGCAAGAGCUGAGGCAAACGCUGCAGCAGGGACAUUCGGCGUUCAUCCAGCUAUUCCUUUAAGUAUACCCAGUGGUAGUGGUUUUUCGGGUAGUUUUUCCAAAUCAUCAUCAUCAAGUUUUGCCUCGGCGAGUUCAAGUGCAAGCUCAAGUUCAAGCUCUUAUACUUUUAGUGGUAGUGGUACCAACGGAAUUGCAGGAUUUGAUUGUCAAACUAACAAUUGCAAACACGGUGGAAAUUCUGCGCCAACUACAUUGCACAGUUCAUCAGACAAUGAUGCGGCUCAGAACAACGGUGGUAUCGCUAUACACGGAAAUGGAGCCGGAGCCGGAGUAAGUCCUUACUCAAAUAAUGGUGGUAGUACACCUUGCAUAGGAAACCACUGUGACGGUCAUAGUACUACGAACAAUAAAUGCUCGACGGGCGAUUGUAAUGGCAUAACUGGCAAUCAACAAGAUGCGUCUUAUGGUUUACCUUCCUCUAAGGCUAAUUAUAAUACAGGCACUAAUUGCGCGUCCGGACAAUGUAACACAGAAUUACAAAAUGGAAGGCCUCAAAAUGGUUACGAGUCACCUAAUAAAUGUAUUUCGGGAAAUUGUUCUCCAACUUCACAACAACACACAGACGCCGCCAGCAACUCUUAUGGUUAUGAUGUAGACUCUACUGGUAAAACACAACCAAAGUCGACGUAUGAACUGAAUGAUGAUUCACCUAAUUUUAACAGUAACAGCGGUAGCAGCCAUACACAAUCAGACUGUUCUCAAGGAAAAUGUGGGUCCGGUCCAUCGUCUAGUGCGACGUCACCAUCAAGUGAACAUGAUAUUUUUAUUCCUCUCGCACCUUCAGGUAAUGAAGCCACACCGACUUAUCCUAAGCCUGAUACACAUUUAACUACUCCUAAUCUAGGCCCAGCAUGUUCAAGCCACAGUUGCAGUAUAGCCCCUAGCGGUCCAGAUUCAAUUAACGGCAAAUUACCAACCAGUUAUAACGUCCCAAUACUUGGUACGAACCCAAGUACAACAUAUUCUGGUCAUGGUACAAACAGUAAUCCCACAGCAAAUUUAUAUAAUUUACCAAAAGGUUCAAAAAGCAAUUGUGGUUCUGCCGGUUGUCCCACUGAUAGUUCAUUACCAGUAAAUACUGCGUCAAUUUCUUCAAAACCAUCAACCUACUCUCAUGGAAAUUAUCCAUCCCAAUUACCAGUUGCACCUGCUUCAAGUUGUACUGGACCUAAUUGUGAAACACCGAAUGCACCAGAUUCUGAAAUCCCCACUAAUCAUGUCCAAACAAAUAAUUGUAAAACUCCUGACUGUGAUUAUUAUCCUGCAGUUGGUAGUAGUGCUCCAGGAUAUCCUUCAAAUUUUGAUUCAACAAAACCUUCUUACACAGGUGCACAAUCUCCAUCUGAGUCAUUCAAAACUCCAGUACCAGCUUCAAAAAUUGAUUUAACUCAUUAUCCCAAUACCUUUCCUGGGUAUGAGGGUGUACCAGUAAAACCUGGUUCAGUGUCUAUUAUGUCUAAUGUACAUCCAAUUAAUGGUGCUGGUUAUACAGCAAAUACAGGGUCUUAUAACGCUGGAUCACAGCUGGGGUCAUAUGAUACAAAAAAUUAUGACAAAUUUAAGAUAAACGUUGAAACCUCUAGUCAAAAUCAACCUACAUAUACUGGAGGAUUUAGCAAACCUACAGGACUAGAACCUCUUGGACCAUCUAAACCACAUAUUCAUGUAAGCUCUACGACUCAAAAUACUCCUUUAUAUACCGGUGGCUUUGGUGGAUCACCGGGAUCAUUUGACACAGGCUCUACUAUUGGAACACACUUUACAUCAAAACCAACUCAUGACAAAGCACCAUCUAGUAAUUUACCUCAUAAUAGUGUUACAACUGGUUCACCAGAAGAGAAUUCUGGAUCGAAUUCAUAUCCUGGUUUACAUGGUUUAGCAAAACCAAGUGGUAGCCUUGUUCCUCCUCAUCAAAAUAUUCCAACAGGCCCUGGAAACUUUAUUGAAUCACAUGGAUCAUCUACUGUUUUGCCUACGGGAUCAACUAACUUACCAAAACCAGUAGACGAUAAAACCAAACCUCAAUAUACAGGUGGAUUCGGUGGAUCACCAGGAUCAUUUGAUACUGUCACAGGUACACAGUUUGCCUCGAAACCAAGCCAUGAAAACGUACCAUCUAAUAGUGACUUACCUCAUACUAGUGGUAGUGGAUCAACAGGUUCAGCAGGAGCGAAUUCUGGAUCUAAUUCAUAUCCUGACUCACAUGGCCUAUCCAAACCAAGUAGUGGUCUUGUUCCUCCUAAUCAAAAUAUUCCUACAGGCCCUGGAAACUUUGUCGAAUCACAUGGACCAAAUACCGUUUCGCAAACGGGAUCAGCAAGCUUACCAAAGCCAAUAGAUAAAAUAAAAUUACCUCAAUAUACAGGUGGGUUCGGAGGUCCAACAGGAAUUUUAAAACCUAAUGAAUAUGAUGUCCCAAAAAUACCUCCAAACAAUUAUACUCCUUCUUCUUGCACAUCUGGUAAUUGUAAUGCAAAAGUCGUGCCAAAUGUAAAUGGUGCUCACCAAAUGACGAAUGGAUUGUCUGGUAUAUCAAGUACUUCGGCUGAUGCUAAAGCCGUUGCUUACUCUGGAGGUUUCGGUGGCCCGUCAGGAUUCUUAAAACCAUUUGAUGAUGGUAAGCCUUCAAAAAGUGAAAAUAACGGAAAUGAAAAAAAAGAUCAAUCGGCCUACCAUCACACAAGUGACUUCAACCAAGGAAAUACCGGUGCACUGGCUAACGCUGGAGCAAACGCUAAUUCUGGUGCGCAGGCUAUUGCUGGAGCCCAGGCUAUUGCUGGAGCACAAGCUUUUGCCGGAGCACAAGCUAAUGCCAAUGCUUUUGCCAGCUCUGGUACAUUUAGCGCAAAUCAAGGCACAGGAACAGGUUGCAAAAGCGGCUGUGAAGCUAACUAUAACCCUGGUACUGGUCACAGUUUUGCCAACAGUAGGAGUUUAGGUAUAUCGCAAGCAGGUGGCCUUCGCGAUAUACAUAAUAAUGGUGCUGGUGCUGUAGCAUCUGCAAAGAGUAUUGCUGGUGCAGGGGCCGGGGUGUUCGGAGCAGGUCAUAGUUUUGCCAGCAGUUCAGCUGCAGCUCAUUCAUCCGCCGGUGCUGCAAUAAAAGGAGGUUAUGGACGAUGAAGUUCUAUCGAGAUGAAUCUUAUACGAAAUAACGAAACAUAUUUUAUUAUAACGAAACAAGACUUUGAAAUUUUGCUGCAAUAUUAUUUACUUAUUAGUGAUAUUUUUGUGUGUGAAUAAAAUAAGUUAAUAUAAAUAUGAAAGAAAUAUAUUUUUAUUUUUUUAUAACUUGA